AUGGAGUGCCUGCACUAUAUCAGUGUUGCUAACUACUGUCAUGGGUUGCCAUCAUUAUGCAAAGUGGUGCUUCAUCUUUUUCAUCAGAAUUAUUUCCUAUUGUUUCUGCUCUCAGUUAUAGAGUGCACCUACUUUACUUACAUUCUUAGUUAUACUAAUGCGUUUUUGAACAUACAGAUGGAGAGUGUUUGUGAGAACACCACAACUGCUGAUUUCAAGCAGAGUAACUUUGGAAAUUUCCUUCCAAAUGUUAGAUCAGGCGGUUGGUCAGAUAUUGGAAGUCGCCAGUACAUGGAAGAUACCCAUGUGUGUAUUGCCGAUCUAGCUAAAAACUUUGGUUAUCCAACGGUGGAUAAAGAAGUUGUUUCCUUUUAUGGGGUCUUUGAUGGGCAUGGUGGAAAAGAUGCUGCCCAUUUCGUUCGCGAUAAUCUGCCAAGGGUCAUUGUGGAAGAUGCUGAUUUUCCUCUGGAGCUUGAGAAAGUAGUGAGCAGAUCCUUUGUGCAGAUUGAUAGUCAGUUUGCAGAUAAAUGCUCUCACCAGAGAACUCUGUCGUCUGGCACAACGGCACUUACGGCAAUGAUUUUUGGAAGGUCCCUUCUGGUCGCGAACGCUGGUGACUGCAGAGCUGUACUUUCCCGGUGUGGCAUCGCAAUGGAGAUGUCGAUGGACCACAGGCCCUGCAGCCUCAGCGAAAAGCUGCGGGUCGAGUCGCUCGGCGGCUACGUGGACGACGGCUACCUGAACGGUCUGCUAGGAGUCACCAGAGCCCUCGGCGACUGGCACCUCGAGGGAAUGAAAGAGGCCAGCAGGCCCGGGGGAGGCCCCCUGAGCGCCGAGCCGGAGAUCAAGCUGACCACGCUGACCAAGGACGACGAGUUCCUGGUGAUCGGCAGCGACGGGCUCUGGGACGUCUUCUCGAACCAGAACGCCGUGGACUUCGCCCGGCGGCGCCUCCAGGAGCACAACGACGUGAAGCUCUGCUGCAGGGAGAUUGUUGAGGAGGCGAUACGGCGGGGCGCCACCGACAACCUGACGGCGGUGCUGGUGUCCUUCCACCUUGUGGCACCUCCUCAGAUCAGGGCAAGCCAGCCUCGCAGGGUGGCGCGGAGCAUUUCGGCCGAUGGGCUCAACAGCCUCAGGAUACUCCUGGGGAGCCAAUGA